AUGGAUUCCCCUCCCCGCGGCCGUGACGUCACUGGCGUACGUUGUGACGUCACAGGCGUGCGUCGCGACGUCCGUGCGUACUUGGAGGAGCGGGAGGAAAGCAGCUCCGGGGACCAGGCCCAGGCGCUGCUGGAACGGUUACAACGGCAGGCCCGGGAGCGACAGCUUAAGAAACAGCAAGAGGCGGCCACCCCCGAACCCUCCCGCCAACCCCAGGCACCGGACCUCAAGGCCGAGCCCCCCAACAAACCCCAGGCACCGCACGUGAAGGCCGAUGUCCAGGUAGAGCCGAAGAGAAAAACGAAGAAGAGGAAACGAGAGGAGGAGGAGAGCCCCCCAGGUGACCCGGCUUCCGAAAAGGCAGAGGCCAGCGGGGAAGAGAACCACACCCCCAGGAAGAAAAGGAAAAAGAAGAGAAAAGGAAAAGUGGAAAAUGGCCAAAUUACUGCAGGUUUGUUGGGAAGCGGAGGCCGAACGGAAAAGGAAGGAUCCCCAGAGAAGACCGAGGAGAAGCAGACCACCGGUUCCCCAAGGGAGACACUGCCCGGCCCAGCCGAUGCGCUCAUCCUUGGAGGCUUUGGCAAGAAGGCUCUGCAAAAGGUGCAGCCUUUCUUACCCCAGUGGCUGGCUGAGCCCAGCCGGGUCGGGAAGAGCGUCACGGAAGACCUGGUGCCCAUCCGGGAUAUUCCGGGGAUCCACCCUGGUAUCCAAAAGAAGCUAGAGGCGAACGGCAUCUCCAGCUAUUUUCCAGUUCAGGCCGCCGUGAUCCCCGCGGUCCUGGAGGGUGCGACCCACGGCUUCUUGGUGGGCAGGGGCGGCUACCGGCCCAGGGACAUCUGUGUGUCGGCCCCCACGGGUAGCGGCAAGACCCUGUCCUUCGUCAUCCCCGUGGUCCAGAUCCUGUCGGAGCGGGCCGUGUGCCACGUCCGGGCGCUGGUCGUGCUGCCCACGAAGGAACUCGCCCAGCAGGUGAGCAAGGUGUUCCACACGUACACGGAGCAGACGGUGCUCAGAGUCGCUCUGGUCACCGGCCAGAAGUCCCUCGCCAAGGAGCAGGAGCUGCUCGUCCAGGAAACGGACACCGGCUAUCGCAGCCUGGCUGACAUCGUGGUGGCCACCCCGGGCCGGCUGGUGGACCACAUCGACCAGACCCCGGGCUUCAGCCUCAGGCAGCUCCGCUUCCUGGUGAUCGACGAGGCGGACCGGAUGAUUGACAGCAUGCAGCAGUCAUGGCUGCCCCGCGUCAUGGCCGCCGUGUUCGGGGGCGGAGGGUCCGGGGGUCCCAGGGAGCUGCUCCAGAGGACGGCGCCCGGGGUGAUCACCGCUGCCAGCUCCUGCCGCCCCCAGAUGCCCCUGCAGAAGCUGCUCUUCUCCGCCACGCUGACGCGGGACCCCGAGAAACUGCAGCAGCUGGGCCUCUACCAACCCCACCUCUUCUCCGCCACCGGGACCGGGGAAGGGCCGGCCGGGGAUGGGAAGUACACCUUCCCCGCUGGACUAUCGCAUUACUACGUGCCCUGCGGUCUCAGCUCCAAGCCCCUGCUCAUCCUGCAUCUGCUGCGCCAAGGGGACUUCCCGCGAGUCCUGUGCUUCACCAACUCCAGGGAGAACUCGCACAGGCUGUUCCUGUUGAUCCAGGCCUUCGGGGGCGUGAAGGUGGCCGAGUUCUCCUCCCGCUGCGGGCCCGGCCAGAGGAAGCUGAUCCUGAAGCAGUUUGAACAGGGGAAGAUCCAGCUGCUGAUCAGCACAGACGCCACCGCCCGGGGCAUCGAUGUAGAAGGGGUGAAGCUGGUCAUCAACUACGACGCCCCCCACUACAUCCGGAGCUACGUGCACCGGGUGGGCCGGACCGCGCGGGCAGGCAGGACUGGACUGGCGUACACCUUCCUUCUCCAGGUGCAGGAGCAGAAGUUUCUGCGCAUGCUCCAGGAGGCAGGGGCGCCCACGCUGCAGCCACAUCCGGUCCGCCGUGAGCUCCUGGAGCCGCUGGUCCCCCAGUACCAGGCUGCGCUGGCAACUCUCCAGAAGACGAUCAAGGAGGAGCGGAAACAGAGGAGGGCGUGAGGCCGGGGGCCUCGUCCGAGGCCGCUGCCUCCCGAAGCCUCCCGGGCCGAGGGUCGG